CAAGUAAAGGCUGCAGUCGAUAAGCUGGAAGCAACAUCCGAAGCCAUCUUUAACGAAUUGCAAAACUUUCAUCAAAAUACAACAGCUGAUUACGUGACAGAGAUAUGUAAUCAUGCCAGAAAAUUAUUCUCAAAAGUCAAAGAAGAUAUAACUGGAUUGCAAAAAACUUUUCCUCUAUCGGAUUAUUACAGGUAUGCCGAUCACUGGCAUCACAUCAUGCAAAAUUUAGUAUUUCAAUGUAGUUUAAUUAUCUAUAUGGAAGAAGAUACUUUAGUAACGCGGGAUCAAGUUGCGCAAUUACUGGGAGUAAGUACGGACAAAGCUGAUGGUUUCCAUAUUACCCUCGAAGAUUACUUACAAGGAGUAUUAUUAUUGCCCGCGGAAUUAACAAGGAUUGCUGUCAACUGUGUAAUCCACGAAGAUUAUCAGCGACCUAUUAAAAUAGCUUCCUUUUUGUCACAACUUAAUGCUGCUUAUAAAAUGUUAAAUCUAAAAAAUGAUGCAUUAAGGAGAAAAUAUGACGGAUUGAAAUAUGAAGUAAAAAAGGCUGAGGGCAUCGUUUACGAUAUGAAAAUAAGGCGAUUAAUACCGUCAUCAUAG